CCGAGCAGCAACUGCGCGCAUGUCUGACUUCAACGCAUCGAUGUUGCAAGGCAAGCGGAACAUAAACUUCGCGCACACUUUGGAAGAAACCAUUUAGCCAACGCUGUUUUUCCCCUCCUUCCGUUCGGUGAGGAGGAGAGCCGGCCCGCCGCUGUAGGCAUGCUCAGCUGAAGGGUCUUGCAGUUGCAGCCGCUCGCAGCCACUGACGCCGGGCGCAGGCGAACUGCGACGGCCGCGCAAAACGAGCACCAGUGAUGGCCUCUGCUGAGCAGCUGUGUCCCCGCCUGCUGCACCAGCACUACCCAUAGGCCACACACAUACACGCAUACACACGCCUUUAGCCUCCCUUUCCAACACUGUCCAUACACACACACUCAACCAUGUACAGCGUGGAGGACCUGCUGAUCUCUCACGGAUACAAACUGCCCAGGAGUGUCCCUGCCUCUUCCGCUUCCACAGCGCCUUAUGACAAUCGGAACAACGAAUGUCGCCGUGAGAACGUAGAGAACCGGCCUGCUGGUGGUGCUGGCGGCGCUCUGAACGGAUUCGGGACGGCCGAGGGGGGAGCGGACGGCCGGACGGAAGCAGGCACGGGGUUGUACAGACCGGCGCCGGUCAAGGCCUAUCCGGAAAACAACAACAACAUUAUUGAAGGCCAUGAAAGAAUUCAGAGGAGAUUGGAGGUUCCCAUUGCUUUCCUUGGUGACCUGCAGCCUUUGGGUGAUUCUCUUGCUACAGAUAGCGGGUUCUAUGAUGCUCCCAGCCUGACGUUGUCUGAGCAUGCAGAUGAGAGGGAUCUUUCAUUCUGGAGAAGGAGGGGACAGGACUUUAGUGCUCUAUUGGACUAUGCUGAUCCCAGGGAACUCCGAGUGUCUGGGGGAUUGUGGCGAGGCCCCGUGCUAGCUGUCGAGGAGCUGAGAGCCGAGAGACCAAUGGCACGGUGGGAGGAAGGGCCAUGGAUACGAGAACAAAUAGACUCAGGCCCAGAGACUUUACGAGUGUCUGGGGAGCGCAAAUGCCAGAGCCUUGGCACAGAGGAGUGGCGCCCUGCAGUGGGCUUGGGCCGGCAGCUUUCAGAUGGGGAGGCUGAACACUGGUCUCUGGAGCAGCAACACCGCCUUCGGCCAGCAGAGAGCGGUGUGUCUGCCGCAGUGCGAGCCAAGUCCCAAUCCCUCCCUCGAGUUCUUUCCCCCGAGGACCCACACUAUGGAGAACUGCCUCAGACUGGUGCCCCAAAUCAGCCCCCCACACAAAGAAGCAGCAGCUCUGCUCCAUAUGGUAGAUAUCACAAUGAAUGGCCAGCCGGGGAUAGGUGGAGCGGUCAGACACAAAGUCACGGCCCUGCCGCAGUUGUACCAAAGCCACGGUUCAGCCGCCCCGUCAAACCUCCGUCUUAUGAGACUCACCAGCAAAACAAGGGGAGCUGGGAAACUCUUUCGUCUGAACCUGUGUCCAAGCCCAGAGAGCGGCCAGUGUGCUUCUCUCAGAAUUUUGAACCGCUCAGAGACAGGUCUGUCUGUUAUUCUCAGAGUGCCGAGCCUCUAAGAGAUCGGUCCAUUUGCUUUUCACAAAGCGCAGAACCACUCCGAGACCGCUUGAUGAGCCACUCUCAAAGUGCUGAACCACUACGAGACCGAUUUCUCGGUCAUUCACAAAGUGCAGAACUACUACGGGACCGCUUUUUCACCCACUCGCAUAGCGCAGACCUGUUGAGGGAUAGAUCACUUUGUUACUCUCAGAGCUCAGAACUGCUUCGUGACAGGUCCAUUUGUUACUCCCAAAGUGCAGAACUUCUUAGACCAGAAGCAUACAGGGCAGAUCUUUUUUAUCAUGAACUUACUGGCAUGGAGCCGCCUGGUUACAUCCCACCUCCCUCCUAUAGGAGAUUCCUGCCACCCAGGAGUGGACAGAACUACCGAGCAGACUCUGCACUUGUUCGAUGGAAGCGUGAGCCUGUGAGUGCAGAGAUGGGACAGUGGUUUUCUAGGACUUCAGGAUUGUCGUGGUCAGAACGCCGUGAGGACCGAAGCAUGGCAGUAGUUCCGAGAAGGCCUGUCCAUCCAUGCCCUGUUGUGCCAAGUCGCCAGGGACUCGCCCAGUAUGUCCCAUUCGAUGACCCACGCAUCAGGCACGUCUCAGGGGGGGCCUGUGGAAACUCUCUCACAGACGCAGACAAGAUCAGACACGUCAACAAAGAGCUUCCCUGCGCUGCAACUUUAGGACAAUCCACAAAUGAUAGUGCCUUUCUCCCUUCACAGGGACAGAGUCUUAGCAUGGACACUAGCAAACCGGCUCCCACUGAACAGGAAAAUGCUAACCGCUGGCACAAGGGGAUGAAUAAAGGCAGUGACGCUGCAGUACCUGAUCAGAGCUGUGCCAAGUACCCCGCAGCCUUUCAAUCCAGACCCCUGCAACCAAUCAUUAAAACAGUGCCAGACCAGCAGAACAAAGUAGACAGAGUUGCAGACCAGGUAAAGGUUGAGAGAAUAACAGAGCAGGUCAAAGUUGAGAGAGGUACUGAACAGAUAAGAACAGAUCAGGUGAAAGGAACAGAGCAAAUGAAAACAGAUCGAGUUGCAGAACAAAUCAAAUUGGAAAAACCUACAGAAGUCAAACCUGACAGGUUCACAGACAAACAACUAAAGGUGGAAAGAUUAGCCGAUCUUAUACAAGUAGACUGGAUCCCAGAUCCAGUCAGGGCCGACAGAUAUACUGAUAAACAAAUUAAGCCUGAAAUCAAAUUAGAGAAAAUGCCUGAAAAGACUGUUAAAGCAGACAGAAUUUCAGACAAGCAAAGUAAAGCUGAACGACUUCUAGAAAAACACUUAAAGAUAGAUAAAAUUCUAGAAAAACAACUUAAAGCAGAUAAAAUGUUAGAAAAACAGAUAAAAUCUGACAAAUUUUCUGACAAGUUGAGUAAGGCUGACAAGCAGGGAAAGUCAGAUAGUAUUGCAGACCAGAUAAAAGCAGAGAAGAACGCUGACAAGUCUGGAAAAGAUAAAGGUUCUUCAGAGAGUGCCUCUACUGUAAAGAUGGAACCAGUUCAGGAACCUGAGAAGAAGAGUGUGAAAAAGAAACUCAGUGAAACUAUUUUCUGCCUUGUGUCAGUGCCACUUUCACAGUCCGGUGCAAAAUCUAGAGAUCAAAACAACAAUGAAGAGAAAGAACCAGACUCUCCUCCAAUUCCUCCCCCUCCUCCGCCAAGCUCCUCCAGCGAGAACAGCAACACUCUCGGCUCCCUUCCAAACCAAAGCCUCAAAAGCACAUCCACCACCUCUACUGACUUGGAGCUGCAAGCGCUCACGCUAGGCUCUUCUGGACUGGGCAGUGGGUCCAGUAGCAUAGCUACAAGAAGAGCUCAUCGCAGAAGGAACUCGCGCUCCAGGAUCAUUAAGCCAAAUCCGCACGAUGAGCUCAGGCGGUAUUCAGGGGCUUGGCCAGGGGAUCAGUAUCGUGAUCAGGAGACCCAGACAAGCCCUGAGCCAACAAAGAGCAAUGCAAUCCAGGGUCCUACAAACACAGAAGCACAAGAUGCUCCUGCCGCCCCAGAGGUACCAGCUCCUGCUGAGAGUACAACAGUGGCUCCAGGGGCUGCCCCAAGUGCCCCAGGGGCUCCAUCAGCUCCAUCGAUUGCAUCAGGUCCACCAGCUCCAACAGCUACAGCAGCUUCAGGAGCUCCCGACCCCAGCACUCCUUACGGUUAUCCUAUGAAAGGCCAGAAAAGCCUAAAACCAUCCAGCAACAGCGCCUUUUCACGGACAGGUACCUUCUCCAAGAGCACAGGUUCUCACAGACCUCCGUUACAUCCCCCUCCACACCCUCCACCACCGCCUCCAAACCAGCCUCCAUCUCAACCUCCACCUCCCCCACCAACACAGCCCCCAGCUCAGUCCCCACCAUCAGAACAGACUGAAGAAGCAAAGUCAGCCACGGGCCCAAAUCCAGAGGCCUUUGGUCAGUUCUUGCUGAAGCCAAUAAGCCGGCGACCUUGGGAUGCCAUUGAAGAGCUUGAGACCAUUAAUAAAGAGAUGCAAGAUCAAGCAGGUAAACGACCCAGCGUGGACCAGUGCAUUGAGGAUCUUAAUGAAGCCUACAAAGAUAUAAUGGAGCUCAGUACUGCCAGCAAUAACCUUCCUACUCUUCCCAACCGUCCCUCCAUGCAAAUUCCUGACCGCAUCAAAUCGAGGCUAUCUACAGAUCCACUUGGAAUGCCUGUAACUGCACUUCGCCCCAGCUUGGUGCCAGGAAGUGACCCAGAAUACAGGGAGGUGAAGAGUGCCUUUUCCCGACCAUCGACUGGGAAGAGCGUUAGCUUCAGCAAACAGCUGAGAGAGGAGAUUUGUCCUGCUCCUCCCCCUCCAGAACCAGGUUUCAGAGAUUAUAAAGCGGUCAUGUCCCAGAUAACACAACGCAAAGCCUGCAGGUCAGUGAAGCUGGAAAUGAUAGCUUCCAGAGAGACCCAAAGAGAUGAGGAUUUGAUCGUCCUAACAGCCUCCUCCUCUUCCUUGGGAGCAGAGAUCCCGUGGGCAGACAGACAGCCCAUGCAAGAUGCGUCCACACUGACCAGUCCCCCAGACUAUGAGCACAUCUGUCAAACUCUUCAAAUGGCUCGUGAGUCUGGAGCUGUCAGCCGAGCAUCUGUUAAAUCCAAACCAGGAAGCGCCUUGAGCAUUGAAACCCCUCAGCAUGUGCCCAUACCCGGUAGGCCACCCAUAGAUUCAGAGCAGCCAUGUUGUUCUUCAGCAUUAGAGGUAAGACAGGAGCCUGUCACUUUAUUCAGUGAGGAAAGAAGCUUGGGCUUUAGGAGGGUAACAAGUCAGUCUAACAGAUUCCAUAAUAACAGGGGAGCACUGUCUGGCAUUGCUACUGGAAAGCCUAGUGGUGAUAAAGCAGGUUUAGAGGCUAAUCCAGAGGUACCCGCUGAUUGGCAGAUGCAACUAUCGCUAGCUGAGAAACAUAUUGCAACACUUAUUACAGGAGAGGGUUCAGGAGAGGACCAUGAUGAAACAAAAAAAGUUCAUGGAGAUAAAGAUGUUCCUGGCAGUGCGUCAGCCGAGAAUGAAGCUAGCAAAAUUGUAGGGAGUGAUGUUAAAUAUGAUCUUGCAGCUUCUGAGCAGAAACAGUUAGAAGUGCCAGAGAAUGAUAUAAGCCAAUUGGAAAAACUUGAAAGUUCACCACCUAAAAAGAUAGAGGAUGUCACAGCAGAGGAAACCUCUAAAGAGAAGACACAAACAGAGGAAAAAUGUGAUAACAAAUGCACCAAGGCUGAAGAAAUCGAGCAAAUGAGUAAUGAGAUCACAGAGACAAUGAAGGAAACAGAUGUGACUUUGAGGGUGAAUAAGGCUGCAAUGUGGACUCAUUCAGGUUUGGAUGCAGAGCAACGACCUGAAUUUCCACCAGAACACCUUCCCCUAUCUGUGUUACCUUCCACUAAUCGUAGAUUGUCUCUAGGGCUGGACUGGGAGAAAAGUGGGUGGGAAGGGGAAAGUUUGGGCCAAGGUGGCUUCUGGUCCAAAGAGAGGCGGUCUCUCGAUGCUGAACGAUGGGGUGUUGAUGAGGGGACGUGGGGUGACAAACAGGAAGGAGCUGGUGAAAAAUUGGGUCUGGGAGGUUGGCGUGGGUGUGGGAUAGAUGGGAAAGGUACAGAUGAUUCAGACUGUGAGACGGAUACUAAUAAACAGGACAUUGGGGACAAAAGGGAGGUUUCGGACAUGAAACAGAUAACAGUUAGAGAAGAUUGUAGCAGCCCAGCCUCUAGCACUGAUAAAGUGCAGCAUAAACAAGACGCUGCUAAAGAGGGCAGUGAUAAGGGGCAGAUUCGAGGUCCAGAAGGGAGUCAGUUUUCAAGUAUAGAGAGACGGAGCCGUGGACUUUCCCAAAGAAUAGAGGCUCUUUUUAUAGCCCCGCCCGGGCACGGCUCAGAGGAGAGGCUUGCCCGCAUGAGGGAGGUGGACACUGUCUCACGAAUGAGACGACUGAGUCUUCGCAGCUCAGACUCAUGGGAUGGACUGCAGGGGGUGGGGAGGUGGGUCGAGUUCGGGAAAGAGGAAGACAUCCGCCUUCUAAGCUCACAGGAACCUUCAAACAUCACAAAGGAAGAUGUCCUUCCUGCAGUUAACAGUGAACCUAAAGAAUCUACAAAUGAUCAGGCAACUCCAGAAGGUGUGAAAAGUUCAAGACUCCCAGGAGCCCAGCCAGGCAGAGAGGUCGUAGCUUAAUCCUAGAGGUCAGAGGUCAUCCAGCUAAGGGCCAGCCUCCAGCACUGUGACCUGGCUGUCUACAAAAUGCCUUCAUCCUCAUAUGCUACCGAAACAUCCUCAGACAUUGACUUGCACGCAGAUACACAUACGAAAACACUGAGAGAUGUGUCUCCAAUGCUAAUAUUUGUAGAAACAUUCAUACACGUCACAUAGACACGCCCAACAGACACACGGACACUCAUUCUCAUGUACGCAGACGCUCACAUGCAUUCAGAACACAUUCAAACACCUCGCCACACUGAGACAUCUGAAAUGGCCUUCUAUUCCGACAAUAGCAUUGUGUAUCAACUCCACUCCACGCCCACUCUGUUCCAGCUCUGCUGGCUUUCUAAGUGUUGCUGUUCCACUGCCAGAAGGAGGCAAGUUCCCAACAAUGCCCCCCCUCCAUAUGUUACUGUUGUCAUCAUGUCCUGGUUUUUCUGUCAGUUGUCGCCAUUGCGGUCUUUCCCCACAAAUGAUGUAAAGGUUGGUUUAUUGAAUAUGGUUUGGUGCGUUACUCAACAACAGUGCUAGGUUGUUGUUGUAUAACCAAAAAUGUAUGAAGUCUCUGUGUUUUCCAAGAAACUACAGACUAAAAAGGAUGACAGAACAAUCAGUGGAGUUUAAAACCAGCCACAACCAACUCAACAAAUCCCUUCCUUACAUAUUUGCAUGUUCCCCUCAGUCUCAGUUUUCUUACGUAAUCUUUCAUCUCACCAACAUUGCUUACGCUUACUAAUUUCUCCUUCGUCUAGACAGUGUUAUCUCUGCACACCAAUGUUUGCGAAAACCUUGCAAUGUGUAUAGCUGUGUCCUCAUCGUCCUCAUCGUUCAACUGGCUUCGCUUCUUACUAUGACCACAGAUCAUUUAAUUUAGAAGCGUUGAAGUUGAGUUAAACCCAUAUUACUAAUCAGUCACCACUCUCUGUUCUAACCAGGCAAAAGCAGUUUGUCCAUAUUGGUCUUUGUAGGGCUGCACAAUAUAUUGAAAUGGCAUAAAUAUUGCAAAUAUGCAUACCAGAAUAUGCAAUAUGAUUUCGUAAUGGUUUGCAAGACAGUUUUAGACAUAAUAACAGAUUUGAACAAACACCCUGUGUUUAUGAAAUAUAUAUUAAUAAUUAUUUAUUUGUAUUAAGUAGGGCUGUCACAACUUAAUGGUAACAAGGGUCAAAUUUAUAUAUCACGAUAUCGAUUAACUUUAUAAACAAAUACUUUUUUAUAAACAAAUAAGCUGUCAGUCGAAUUCAUUUUAAAUUUAGUUUCAUUUGUGUUUUCUCCUUUUUCGCAUUAACACAAGUGCUGAACAACCCUUACGAAAAUUUACCACGGUUUUACUAAAGAUAAAAUUGAAAAAAACAUGGUUACUUUAGUCAAACAAAGGUUAUCACAAAAUGGUUUUGUAAAAACCACAGUAAACUAUGGUUUUGCCCUAAGUAAACAAUGCACCAAAAAUAACAUGGCUACUAAACUUGUACCACAAAAAAAAAACAUGGUUAAUUUUCGUAAUAACGAUAGUUUCAUAUGUGCAGAUUUAACACAAUAUCUACAAUCAUGGUUUUUAAUAUCUCCAUUAUUGUCAAAGCUGGUAUAUUGUGUCACCCCCUAUUAAGCAUUAUUGCAUUAUUUUAAAUCGCAUAUCUCACUUUUCUUCACACGAAUGGCUUUUCAAGUCUUGAAACCUUAGAAGAGCUUGCCGCGUUACCUGGUUAGAACACAGUGAAAUUUCGUUUCUUUUAUACACGCAGUACCUUAACCCAUUGAAUCCAUCCACUAGAACGUCAUAACUUCAUCAGUUUGCGGUGGCAGCCUAUACCCCUAACGUCCCAUAUCCCUUUCCUAUGUCAACAUCAUGGAAAUCUCUUGUCGUGUGUUGGAACGCGUGGUCCGCUUAUGGAGUUCUUUCGGGGGUGCGGUCACCCUUCUGUCUAAUGUGUUACUGUUUGAGCAGACAAGAAUGUUUUGUAAACGCUUUUAAAAUUUUGGUAUAUAUUUAUUUUGACUUUACCAAAACCGUCGACUUACGAGAACUGUUACAUUUUUUUAAUUAAGUAUUUUUUACCAUGUUUAUGUGUCACCUGAGCUGUUUUGCUCCAAACCAUGAGUUCCACGUGAGGUGACAGGAGAAGACGCUCAUUGGCUCUGAACUGUUUUCAUUUUCCAAUGAAUCGAUCAAAGAACCCGUAUCGCUCUUGGUUAUGAACCCAUAGUGCCCGAACUGUUCAGCACCCUGUAACAUUACACCCCUGCGCGCAGAGAGCUUUGUACAGCAUUGAUUCAAAUCAGAGAUGUGUCGCAGGUCAAACGGAGACCUGGCUUGGAGGAACGGUUCAGUAUUUGAUGUAUCGACUUGAAAAGCACCUUGUUAACAUUUUUAUCGCGAUUGGAUUCGAAGUGAAUUUUUAGCUAUCGAGUGGCCUUUUUGAAACACCAGUAACGAUAAGCCUAAACGAAUUACAAACACCACCAAAAUGUUUGAUAUCUUACGUGUCCAAAUGUGCAUCAUGUUUUGAAUGUUUGUCUGAUAUAUCAAAUACCUUAAGUGAUGUAGUGUGACCCAGGUUUCACCCAGGCGUGAUGUUAAAUGUAGGGAUUAUUUUCAAGCGAUGUAGACUUUAAGAAAACAGGGUCCAAAAAAGAACACAAUGACACUGUAAAGUUGCGUGUCUACGCCCUAAACAACCCCCCCCCCAGGUAACUUUCUGGAAGCAAUAAAUGCUCACGAAUGAUUUAAUGAAAAAGCUAAAUGUGUACAGAUAGUUCGGUUAAACGUAGAUGGUUGCGAAGUAGAGGUCAGGGCUAGAUAUGUUAUGACUUGGAUUAGUUUAGGUGAAAGAUACUAUAUGAUCAUGUGUGAUAUGUACGGAACAAUUUUGCUCAUUUUAGGAAAAACGAACAGUUUAAAAUACCAUAUGUUAUGGAUUGGAGCGGUGUGAUAGCCUACUUUAUGACAUCAUAAUGCAUGAAAGCUUGAGCAAUAUUGUCCAACGCAACCGCUCAUUGGCUGUAGAAAGUCUCGAAGACGGGAUGUACUCGUGUUAAAAAGUCAUUCAUCCAAAUGUCACUCACAAAAAGCGUUUCAAGUCAUGUGCAGGUGCUUGUGAGAGUGUGCGCGCGCGUUUGUUCGCUUGCUUAUUUCUGUCAUAUAGUGCCGUUCAUGUGAUUUAAAAAAAAGGCAUUUCACUGAAUACUUAUUUUUGUUAUCAUUGAAAUUGUUAACCAGUCUGCAUAAUGUAUAAAAUAAAAGUAUAUUUUAAAUAUUUUAAAAGAUAUUUUGUAUUUAACCAUAAUGAUUAAUUUAUUCGCUCUUGGAUCAAGUUGGCAGUGUUAUGUUGCUGUAUAGAAUGAAAAGAUAAUUAUAUAAUUUUGUAGCGCUCAAGAAAAUAAUAAAACGAGAAAAAAAGGUUGGUUAAAUUUAACUUGAAUGUUUACAGAGACCUGCGGUAUGUCUCGGCUCUCGAAACUUGGAUUGAUAGGGGGUCAUCAUUGUAAACAUAGAAAGCGAUUUUUUUUUAGUUUGUAGUAAAUGCUUCAGUAAAGUAAAAAAGGCACACAGUUAAUAUUUCAGACUCUGUAUAGCUGUAAUGUUUAAUUGCAUUUACACAACAAAUCGGACAUCUAGUGGUCCCAGCUGCCUAUCAUACGGUUUCCGUUACAGCAAAGUGCAUAAAACCGAAAAUGUGACUUUGUUGGGACUUAAUUACGUUCUUCAAAGCUAAAUGUGGCCUUAAUUUAUUUGAGCAUUUGUACGUCUUCCAUUCAGAAUCACGUAUCAUCACAAGCUCGAGCCAACAUAUUUCUACAAAGAAAUAAAAUGAAACCAAUAAAUAGUCUUUAGAUCUCAGCCAAAUAUUUAUUUCUUUGCAAAUACGAUAUGCUGACGACUGGAUGAACAGGAUGAUUUGUAGCACACUCGCAGGACCUGUUCCCUCUUUCACUGAAAAGGCCAUAACUGUUAUGAUUUCAAGCUGUUUCCAUAAACUAUGUAGCAUUUUUGCCAUUGUAGCAUUCAAAUGUGAAAUAGCCACUGAAUCAUACAACUUUUAUUUUCAUUUAUAUCAGGAGUCGUGACGAUAACACUGUCUGUUUCUGAAACCCAAGCUGCUUGUUGCGUUCUCAUGCCAAGAGUGUCAUAACUUAAAAUUUUAAUGAUCAUUUUUUAUCAUCUGACAUUUCUAGAUAUCAUGGUUUGCAUUUGCAUACAUACGGUUUUUGGUUCCAUGUUUGUAAAUGUUUUAGGCAUUUAAAAUGUAAAUAUGUGACAUAUAAGGAUGAAAAAAAACAAAUUUAAUAAACAUUUUCUACAAUUUAAUGCUGUGGUUAUAUAUCUGCAGUAGAU